AUGCCCGUCCUGAAAAUAGGCCCAUUCUAUCUGGGCAAGCCUAGCGCCGAGGAGAGAGCAGCUGUGGAGCUCAGCGCCUGCAGGCAAGCUGCCCGUCAGCUGGUUCCAAGCUGCCGCCUGCCCUUCAACUUCCCCCACUUGGGCAUCACGCGCACGUCACCCCCGCUGCCCGAGGCGGUGGCGGCCGAGAGCUGGACGAUCGACCACAACAGAGUGCAGGUGGGGCGUGGGCAGGCGGCGUACCGCCGGGCGCGCUCGCUGCUGGAGCAGUGGCGCCACUUUGAUCUGGGCUGGGCCUCGGUCAACGCCCCACCCGUCAAGCCCGGCUCGCCUGUGGUUGUCACCGCCUUCAGCCUCUGCUGCUGGAGCUGCAACCCGCUGCGCAUCAGCUUUGUGGAGGAAGGGGGGCUGCGACGGAAUGCCCAGCAGCUGCCGCCCUGGGUGGGCGCGCCGCCCACAGCAGCCGAGGGGGCCUCACUACGCCAGCAGCGGCUCCAUGGCGGAGGAAGCGGCGUGCUGGGGCUUCUGGGGACUGGCGGCGGCAAGCGCACGCAGCAUCAGCAGCAGGCAGCCGCGGCAGAGGCUGCGGCGGCACUGCCGCCGCGCGGGCGCCGCUUUGCGUUUGCCCACACCACGCUCCAGGGGCACCAGAUCCGCGGCGAGGAGCGCUUCUGCGUGGCCUGGAACGCACAGGACGACUCGGUGUGGUACGAGAUCUACACUCUGUCCCGCCCGGGCAGCUGGAUCACGGCGGCCGCGCACCCGCUGCUGCGCGCCUUCCAGCGCAAGUUUGCCGCCGACAGCUGCGACGCCAUGCAGCGCCAGAUGGCGGCGCGGGCCUGA